GCGGCUUUUGAUGCCCACGACAAACAAGACGAAGUAGCGCAAGCCGCGCCUCACGCGGAAGGAGGUGCAGCGACGCUACCGCCAAGGCCGUCGCGCUGCGUACGAAGCGCUCGAGACGUCGGUCGCGGCCCUCCACGCGGACGUCGCUGCGCACCAGCGCCACCUCGCCGCACUGCGAAUGACCGCCGUCCGCCAGCACGAGACCGAGCUCCAAGUCGUGCUCGAGUACUUUCGCCUCUUUCGCCACGGGUGCCCGGUCGCGACGCGCGAGAUACACGCCUUCUUGCACACGUACAUGCAUUCGGACGUGCGCCUCCGUGGCCAGACAGGGCAUGACGCGCUGUUGCAGCUCUGGCGCUUCCCGAACGCAAUCAGCCACGGCUUUUGCAUGGAGACGCCAGCGAUCCAAGCCAUCGAGCUGGGCCCGACAGUGAUGGUGCGGGCGGGAAUCACCGCGCGCCUGCGCAUCUCGCGGACGACGGUCACCGCCUUGUACCCACAACUCCUCUCAGACGAAGCGCUUGUGCAGAGGCUCGUUGGGCAAGAAGUGCAUUUGACGAUCGUGUGUCAUUUGUACUUUGAUGAAUCGGCUCGCGUCAUCGAGAUUGACGCGCAGAGCGACAACCGCAUGACCGUGGGGUUGAACCAACUCUUGGGCUCGCUCGACGACACAUAUCGCGCUGUUGCAUAAGACCACGACUACGAAUACAAGAUGUCCACUUCGAUAGCCCG